AAACAAAAAUAAACAGAAAUACAAAUAGAAAACAAAGAGUGGGAAAAACGAAAGAAAAUGUCAGCCUCACAGCCAAAGGAUACGGCAUUAAAGACUAAAGAAACAGCAGUUGCAACACCAGCAGCAGCAGCAGCAGCAGCUACAGGUCUGGCUGCAGUGCCGCCUCCGCCAACUGCCACUGCCACAAAACCAACAGCAACAGCAACAACUUUGACGGGGCGGAAAACUUUAACCUCCAGUCGAGCAUUGUCAUUGUUUGAUCAGCUGAAAAACGGCGUCAAUUUAAACAGUUUAACAAUUGGCGCCACAGCAACAGCAACAGCAACGCCAACAGCCACUGCCACAGCAUCCACACCCGCACUGGCACCACCCCCAGUGCCCUUGCCACACUCGAAUAUCGAUUUGAAGCCACCGGCCAAGCCGCCCCGUCAGUUCAGCACGCCCAGCAGCAUUGGCAUUGUGCAGGGUACCAAAAGGGGAGCCAACGGAGAUGGCACGGGUGCUGCUGCCACACAGUCAUCCGCCGUGGAUAUAAACGCAUUGCGAUCUCAGCUCUAUCAGGGCGCCGCAGGAAGAGCAGCGGUAGCAGCAACAGGAGGAGCCACACAAGGAGGAGCCACAGGCAGCGCAGGAGGAGCCGCAGGAGAGCGGGGAAGAGGCACAAAGAAGCGUUGCCUGGAUCGAUACGAUUCGUCAGAGUCAUCCGACAGCGGCGUUGCCACUUCGCUGAGCUGCGCGGACUCCAGCACGGGCUCCAGUGAUGCGUCCGAGCCCGGCUCCCCGUACAGUGCGCACUCGCAACUGAGCGACGAACAGCUGACCAAGAUGCCGCCCCAGAUACUCAGCGGGAGCACCAGCACCAGCAGCACUCCCAGCGGCAGCAACAGCUCCUCCACAGCGUCCUCCACCCACAGCAGCAGCCCGACAGCGGCAGCGUCCCCAGCUUCGGCCAUUCCCACACACAGCCACGGCCUCAGCCUCAGCAUCAGCACUGCCAAACCCACAACGAUGCCGAUGGCCAUGUCCAGCACCCAGGGGCGACAGCCCAGCCUGCUGCCCACCCUCCAGUGGCCGUGGAACACGAAUCUGGGCAGCACCUCCACCGCCGUGCCGGCCGCCGCGGCCAACAAGAAGCGCCCCGCCGGAGGAGCAGGAGCGUCCUCCAGCAGCGCAGAGGGGAGCAGUCCGGCAGUGGCGGCGGCCAAGAAGAGUCGCUGCGAGCCCCAGGCAGGCAGCGACGCGAGCAAAAGACUGAAGGCGGCGGCCCUCGAGGAGUCGCAGACGAAGAUCACCGGCUUCUUCAAGUCCCAGAUGAAGCCCACGCCGGGAGGCAAGCUGUCGCCGCCACCCAAUGCCAGCUCCAGCACAGCCCCUGGCCUGCAUCCGGCCAACACGCUGACCAUGAGCACGCCCGCCACCACAGCCUCCUUGAACAAGUACUUUAACAUUUUGUCGCAGCUCAAGGAGCAGAAGCAGCAGCAGCAACAGCAGCAGCAACUGCAGCUGCAACAGCAGGCGGCCAAGCAGGCCACGCCCACUCCCAGCCCCGCUGCCCUGUCGCCACCACAGCCAAAUGCAAGUGCAACGACACCAGCGCCAGUGCCGCUGCCGCUGCCACUGCAACUGCCCGUGCCCGUGGCCAACAGCCAGACAACGAGUCUGCCCGUGCCCGCACUCAAGAAGAUCGAGCGGAGCACCAAGCAGCCGGCGAAGAUCGCCCAAGUGGCGCCCAACCUGCGCAAGACGCCCAGCAACGGCAGCAACCACAGCAACUCCUCCUCCAGCUCCUCGUCCUCCAGCUCCUCGAACGGCUCCAACAGCUCCCAGCACACGGGCAAGUCGCCAGCCAAGAAGCACGUGGCCAUCGCCCCGCGCACGCCCGAGAUGAAGCAGCAGCAGCAACAGCAGCUCCAGCUGCAGGCGCAGUCCGGCAAGGCGGCCAUGGCCUACCGACCGCCAGGCACGAGUCCAGCGCUCAAGCAAAAGAUCUCCCCGGCCACCGGGCUGGCCAGCAGCACGGCCACGUGCACCGCCAUCACGCAUCCCACGACAACGGCCGCCCCGAGCCCCAAUCCCAACAGCAAUCCCACGCUCUACCAGCUGCCCGUGCAGCUGCCGAAUCUAGUCCAACUGCCGCCCCAGCUGGCGGCCGCCGCCAACAUUAUGCAGCUGAACAACGUGGCCAAGGCAGCGAUGGCCACCGCAGCCAACAACAAUGCAGCCGCCGCACAGGCGGCCCAAGCAGCGCAGGCAGCAGCCGCCCAGUACUUCCUCAACGGGACGGUGUUCAAGCUGCAGCAGGUGACCACGGCCACCACCACGACGGCGACCACGGCCACGGCAGCAGCCUCCACGGGCAAUCCCUUUGGUCUGCUCAGCGCCAACGAGCUGCAGGAUCUGCUGAUGAAGCAGCAACAGCAGCAACAGCUCCAGCAGCAGCAACUGCAGCUGCAACAGGCGGUGGCAGCGAAGGCGGCAGCCAGCACACCCUCGCCCAACAACGCGGCCAACUUCCAGGAGCUGUUCCAGCAACAGAUUGCCGCCGCCAUUCAGCAGCAGCAAUUGCAACGACUCGUGCAAGGCGGAGCCGCUGCCGCUGCGGCACAGCCCGUGUUCAUGGCCACGCCGGCAGGACUCUUGCUCAAUGCCGCGACCCUGCCAGCGAUGCUCGCCCAAGCGGCGGCCGCAAUUGCAGCCAACAACCAGCAGCAGCAGCAACAGCAGCAGAAAGUGGCUGCCUCGCUGGCCCUGCAGCAACAUCAACACCAGCAGCAGCAGCAGCAGCACCAACAGCAGCAGCAGCAACAUCAGAGCCUGCCCGCCCUGCAGCCCAUUCCCGCACUGAGCUCCAUCUUUGAGCCAUCAACGGAGCAACAGCAGCAGCAGCAACUGCAGAUGCAACAACUCAUCACUGCCAGCAACAACCACAAUGCCUCGAAUAAUCUAAGUAGCAUCAACAGCACUGCCAUGCAACAUCAUCAUCAGCAGCAGCAGCAGCAGCAGCAUCAACAUCAUCAGCAGCAGCAGCUGCAACAUCAGCAGCAGCAGCAUCGUGCGCUUGUCAAGCCUCCGAGGCUCAGCUCCAGCCAGCCCCCGCCGCUGGUGACCAUCUCCUCAUCCUCCUCCGCGCAGGCAAACUGCUCCCCGGCAUCGUCGCCAGCUGCCAAGCGGACGACUGCCCUGCCCAGCGCCAAGCCCUACCAGAAGCGGCUCACGGCGAAGAGCAACGGCGGCGGCAAGUUCCCCACGGGCUCGUCUCCCAUCAUUGCCACGCCAACGACGCCACCGCCACUCGUGCCAACAUCGGCGACCAAAGAACUGUGCCAGCUGCGCAAGAGCACAGCGCCAGCCGUGUCCCUGGCACCCACUCCAGCACCCGCGCCCACAACAAGCAAUCCCACGCCGCCGCUGGUGAGCAUUGCCAGCUCGAAGCUGCUGCCCACGCUGAGCAUGGCAAAGCAGAUGCCAGCAGCGAAGUUCGGGAACACGAGCAUCAGCAUCAGCAGCAGCAGCAGCAGUGGCGCUGGCAAUGGCAAUGGCGCUGGGAGUGGCACACCCGACCUCUUUGAUCUCGUCAAGAACUCGCAGGGAGCCAUCAGCAUUGUGGCCAAGUCGACGAGCAGCCAUCCGCUGACGCCGCUGCCUUUCAGCUCGCCGAGCAGCAACAGCAGCAGCAGCCUGCUGCGAUCCUCGCCAGCGUUGUCCAACUCCAACUCCUGCACUCUGUCGGCCUUCAGCAAGAUCAAGGCGGAGCCCUCGGAGGAUUCGGCCUCGGCCCUUGUGGCAGCCAUCGGCUCGCAAUGCUCCUCGGUCUCCCCCCUGGCCUCGCCCAAGCCCCAGAGCUUUGCUGGCCAGCUGCCCAGCAGCAGGGGAGCACUGGACGUGGUGAAGCACGAGCUGCUGCCGGAGUGCAGCCACAGCAACUCCAACUCCAACUCCUGCAGCAGCUACUCGAACAGCGUCAGCUCCGCGGCGGAUCUCUCGCUGGAGCCCUCGACGCCCGCCUCCCUCAGCUCGCCCUCGCCGGCGCCGUCGCCCUCAGCGGGCAGCAGCAGCAGCCGUAGGGCCGCGAGUCAGACGGACAUGCUCAGCGAGAUGGUCACCUCGUCGUGCAUCUCCAGCGGUGGCGAGGAUUGCUCCCAGACGACCACAGACAUGACCCAGCCGCCGCUGGAGAAGAGCGAGCCAACGGCCACGCCGCCACCGAUUGCCAGCGCCAGGAGCAACAGCAGCAGCAGCAGCGGGAGCAGCAACUACGACGAGGAGGAUGACAAGUCGGUGGGCUCUCUGGAGACGCAUCCGACGCACAAGCGGCUGCGGGAUCUGCCCACGCCCGAGUCCGGUAUCGGCGGCAGCCUGAGCAACAGCGAGAGCAGCAACUCCAUCGCGGAUGGCAUGUCUGCCAAGUCGGUUUCGGCCUGCCCGCCCACAACUGCCUCAUCCGCGUCUGCCUCCGUCUCGGACAGCAACUCCCUGGCCAGCAGUGCACCCUCGCCCGCCGCCCCAGACGUUGCUCCAGACUCCCCAGACUCCAUCUCGCCCUGCCCCACGCCGGCCAGCAGCGCGGACACAGUGGUGGACACGGCCCUGGCCGAAGCGGCCAGCAAGAGCCUGCCCAAGUGCGCCAUCUCGCCGAUACUCUCGCAGCCGAAGACCAUCCGGUUCCCGGCAGGCGCCGGGGCCGGCGGCAAGGGUGGGAAGCGGCACGACGGCGUCUGCUACUGGGACAAGUGCAACAAGAAGCACGAGAGCAACUCCAAGCUGCUGGACCACAUGCAGACGCAUCACGUGAACACCCAGACGGGGCCCUUCGCCUGCCUCUGGGUGGGCUGCAAGGUGUACAACAAGGAGUCCUGCUCGCGCCGCUGGCUGGAGCGCCACGUUCUCUCCCACGGCGGCUCCAAGCAGUUCAAGUGCAUCGUCGAGGGCUGCGGCCUGAGGUUCGGCUCACAGCUGGCACUGCAGAAGCAUGUGAACAACCACUUCAAUGCCACGGACAACGUCAAGGAGAGCACCAGCAAGCGCACCUCCGACCCGCCCGUGCCCAAGCAGCUGCGGAAGAACGGCAAGAAGCUGCGCUACCGCCGACAGCCCUUCUCAGCUCGCAUGUUCGACUUCUUCGACACGGGCAUCAUGGAGGGGCUGCAGCACCGCCUGCGCCAGAUCAGCACGCUCACCAAUGGCGCCCAGGCCAUCACCUUCCAGGGCCAGUGCGUGAUGCGAAGGCGGAACAGCCAGGGCGGACACGAUUGCUUCGUGCGCUGGUCCCCGCGCGAGAUAAUAUCGGACGAGUGGUUGCCCGAGUGUCCGAAUCGGACGCGCUGCCACACGAAGGUGCUGCACAUCAAGCACAUGCGUCCGGCGGAAAAGACACGCGUGGACAGUCUGCUGAGCACGGCCUACAGGCUGCGCUACGAUGCACAGCUCUUUGCCGACGAUUACAAUGUGAACGAGCUGCAGGAGCUGGGUGCCAGUGACUGCGAGGAGGAGGAGGAUGAAGAGGACGAUGAGGAGGAGGAGGAGGAUGAUGGCAUCUCUGCGACCAUCAGCUCGAGGACUGCCAGCAGUGGGACUGUGUCCAGCUACCAGCAGGUGCUCAGCAUUGCCAAACUGCAGAUGCAGCAGCGCCGCAAGCAUCCCCGCAAGCCGCCCAAGAUGGUGCCCGUGGUGCCAACGGACGCUCUGGUGCCCAUAUAAGAGAAACAGAACCACAAGCAAAAAAGUAUUCUUUAAGUAGCAAGGAGACAAACGAGUAAACAGUGACAACUAGAAUAGAUAUUCUACGAUUAUAAGUUUAAGCCAUCGUACCGCAUAUAUCGUACUAUAUAGAUCUAUAUAAACACACACCAACAGCCACACCAUUUAGGGUGCAGCUACCAGAGACAGACCAGGGCCCACGCUUUGUUCAGUUUGAUCAUCGACCAUCCUCUUAGUUCGCUGUGCAUUGUACAUAGUUACAUACAUAAAUACAUACACUUAUCGCAUUUACAUACAUUAUCGUAUGUAGGAGAUCCGAGUCAGUUACUGUGGCCACCUUAUCGCAACCCACCCGCGCGCGUUCGAGCAACUGUUAUGAACAAAAAUGUCUUAAGUUGUAGCGUCUCUAGCUUGUAGGUUUUAGCCCUUAGUUAAUUGUACAUUUUGAUGGAGCAGCCUACUAUUUGGUAGUGUUAGUGGAGUGGAGUGGAGUGAACAAGACUUGUUUGUUUCUAAUGUAUUUUGUGUUAGUUUAUCGUGUAUUCGUGUUUUAUAUUCAUUUCGUUUCCGUUUCGUUCCCAUUGUUUUAGUCGUAACUUUAGGACCAGGCCAAAACUUCCAAAAAACGCACACACAACCCACGGCUCGCUCGGUGGUCAAAGGGUUAACUUUAAAGUAGAGUAGAAGCGAGAGCAAAAGGUGGAGAAAACACAAGCAAAGAAGAACACAAGACUUUAAGCAUUUACGAAAGCUACAGAGAAAGCUGCAUCAAAUAAUUGUAAAACAUUUUGUACUCAAUUCGAACAGCAAUGCAAACAACAAGCCCCAAACGAUCGAUUGACGAUUGAUUAUCCAUUAAGUUAGUGCAAAAAUCCCAUGCAAAACUCGUCUCCAAGAGGAGCAGUCUGUACAUAACAUUAUACAUAGAUAUAUAUAAAUAAUAUCAUUAACUAGUUUCGCUCUUAAACCCCUUAAGCUACACCUAAACGAAUCAUUUAGAACCUAGCCACGGCAACAACAACACAAUCCAAUCCCUCAUUAAACGAACUAUGCAAAUAAAGUUAUCGAAAGGAGCAGCAGAGCCACCCACACAUCAUAAACACACCCAAACGCAUUAGAACGAUUUAUCUUUAUCUUUUGUAUUCUUUUUCACUGAUUUUGCUGUUGGUUUUACACAUGUACAUAUCUGAACGGCAGGCAGACCCAGACCCAAACCCACACACUCGAUUCACAUACAUAACAUACAAUAUAAACAAACAAAAAUUCGCCUUAACAGUAAACGUAAUUUAUAAUUUUUGCUCGACGCCAAUGAAUUUAUAUGUGAAUUUAAAGUAAGUAAAACCAAAAACGUAAACUGAAUCGAAAAACGAGAAAGAGAAAGACAAAAAAAAACGAUUACUCAACACUGCCAAAAAUGUAAUGGAACAACAUGAACCCACAGUUGUUAGGAACGACUGAACUGAUAAUAUUUAGUGUGCAAGGAGUCAGCCAUGAGAUGACUUCCUUCCCCAAUGGCAAUCCUUUUUCAAUAUGUUGCAAAAAAAACAAUAAAACUGCCCUAAAGCGAUGUGUGUAUCAUAGCUAUACGACGAGUAAUAUUAUCAUCUGAUUAUCUGAGUGUUGUCUAGAGAUAGUGUAGAUGCGUCUCUGUGCCCCAAUUAGUUUUAGCCGAUAAUUGUAUACAAGAAUCAAAUAUAUAUACACACAAAUCUAUGUGCGCCCCUGAGUAUAGUGUAUGUAUAUGGCCCCCGCCUGGCUUUUAUAGAACCUGAUCGUAUGUAUGGAAAGCAAUACUUUACAUAAUACUUUGUAAUCGCUGAUCGAGUUUAGUUCUUCCAUUCGGUUCCACUUUCGAUGCCUUUCACCCAAAAUUGUUCAAGGCUUUUGUAUGGCAACAACAAAACGAGAGAAAUUAAAACUAAAACACAAACGGAAAGGAAAAAGGAAAAAGAUUAAGAUGAACAAAAAAGAAGAUAAAGAUAAAGAAAUUCAAAUAAAAUAAAACUACCUCAAAUUUUUGCAAGCAUAGAGAACACAAACAAAAAGGAAUUUUUCGAUACGAAUUUUCUAAAGCAAAACAAAGAGUAUUGUAUUGUAUUGUAUUGUAAUGUAUAGUAUUGUAUUGUACAGUUCAUAACAAAAAAGUGCAUUCAGGAACCGAUAGAACCGAACGAACAACAACAACAAGAACAAGGGAAAGCAUAGACACGUAGGACACACACAUACAAACGUAGGCUAAUUCCAUAUUUUGCUAAUAUAAACGUACAGUCAAGUCAGUCUACACAUAUACACAAAUACAUACAUGCACACAGUACAGUGUGUAGGAUAAGCCAAGCUCCAGUUAUCCAGUUAUUAUUACGAGUACGUGACUCCGAUUUAAUUUUAACAUUUCGGUAGGGAGUUUCGCUGCCCUGCCCUGCCCUGCCCUAACCUUUGCUUUGCCCUGUUUUAGUUUGUGUACAUAUAGAGGGACGGGACUUAUCCAGUGCGAGAUAUACAUGUAUUCGAUAUAUCAUAAAAAUAAAGAUUAAUAUUACAACCGCUUUAA